ACAGCACUGCAGCACAGAAUCAUAUCGGACCUGCUCUCUCUGAGGCUCCACAUCCUCUGCCACCAUGUCCAGCACCGUAGCCGCCUACAAGGAAAAGAUGAAGGAGCUUUCGAUGCUCUCCCUGAUCUGCUCAUGCUUCUACACACAACCACAUCCCAACACAAAGUACAACUUUGGUGAUAUGGAAGUGAAACCGAUCAACAAGCGAACUUCCGGUCAGGCCUUUGAAGUGGUGCUGAAGCCUCCAUCUACUGAUUUAACACAUGACCAACCUCUCUCACCAAAGAAGAAGGAAUUGUCUUUGGAGGAACUCCAGAAUCAGCUGGAAGCUGCUGAGGACAGGAGAAAGUCCCAAGAGGCUCAGCUUUUGCAGCAACUUGCAGAAAAGCAACAUCAUCGGCGUAUAGUUCUGCACCGGGCGAUUGUGGAUAACUGCGACUUCAGCAGAAUCACCGAGAGGAAGCUAAACCAGAAGAUGGAAACUUGUAAGGAAAAUCGCAAUGCUCACAUAGCUGCUGUCAAGGAACGUCUCCGUGAGAAGGAAUUACAUGCAGCCAAGGUCCGCAGGAACAAGGAACUACGAGAGGAGCUGUCUGGCUAAAAAGGUCUCUCCAACCCUUUAAGACCAUCACUUCAAAAAGAACACCUUGGAAGGAAAUUAAUCCCACUAAUAACCUAGCUAUCAAGCUACAACUUUUUUGUUUCUGAGUACAAUACUUCCAUAUAAUAGGUCAAGCUUUUUUUUGCAUCAGAUUGUUGGUUCUUAUUUCACGUGCAACACAGCAAAUUGUAAGAAGGCAAAAGUCAGCAGAAUAUCAGUGAUCUAAUGACAUUCCGAGCAUUCGGAGUAUUAAUUAUUACUAACAUCAAGCAAUUUAUAAUCUGUCAAUGUAUUCUAAUACGUAUGCAGCAUAAAGACAUAUUUAUUAAAAAAUUCAACCUAUCAUUGGAAAACACUCUUAAAAAAACAAAUAAUUACAUUUGGGGGCUCUUUUUACAAUCCAAUCAUUGUGUGUUUUUUUUUCCUAUCACAUUUGAUGAUUUCUGUCAUUUUCUGUCAUUUUGGAGGGAUUGUCCCCAAAUCAUAUUAGAUCCCUUCAGUCUCAAUAUUUAAAGUACGGCAAUUUCUUCAUCUAUGUCUCAGCAAGUCAAUGGAUCUCACAACCAUGUGCAGAAUAAUUUAUUCUGUUUGAUGUAAAUAUUGAUUCACCCAAAUAAAUAGUAUGCUAUUAAUCACAGAUCAACUCAUUGAACAAAAUGUUCACAUAGGUUUAAGUAUUUACUUUAAAUUGUUCUAUUGUUCUAUGCACACUAUGUCUUUUUAUUAUAUUAUCAACCUAACAGAAAUAAAGCCAUUUUAAGUAACUGCCAAAGAAUUAAUCUGUGUAAAAGUCACAUCUUAACUAAGGCCUCUUAUUGCCUAUACUGUCUUCAUCGUUGGACAGUAUGAAAAGUAUUUGAUCCUUAAUCGAGCGAACUAUUUUGGCGCUAAAUGUUAUGGAUUGAAUUUCUUAAUAAAUGAAACAGGUUUUAUCAUAAAUAGAAAGUGUCAUUGGUCGUACUGUAUAUAAUACAGUGGUUAGAUUGAAUAAAAUCUUUAUGCAUCUUGUGCUCACUGGAAGAAGAAAAAAACUUCAAUUUAAGUAAGCAGUUUUUUGGUAAAAAAAUGUUUACCUGUAAAACUCAAAAGGUUAACAGUGUUUGUAUGAAAAAUGCCCAGAAUUAUAAAGCUGAAUUUUGUCUUAUUACUGCUGUAGCUGUGCUGAGUAGAAAAUGGUUUGCCAAAUAUAAAACUGUAUGGAGUGUUUUGCUUGAUGUGGUUAUAACUUUGAGGCUUCUUUUGUAAAUAUCUAGUUUUAUUUCAAAGGAUUGUGUUUGGCAGGAUAGAUCACGAAAUUAAUCUGUAAUCCUGUUCUUUGCCAUCAUCUCAUUUUAUUAUGUGCCAUUUCACGUUGAACUCUGACAGUUUGUAUAUUUGCCUAUCGGACUUGAAACUGGAGUCACAGUAAGAGCAUAAAUGGUGGUAGAUACUUUCAUCUACUAACUGUACCUGAGCGUGGCAUGUUUUUAACCACUUGACUAGAUCUUGCUGUUCAUCGAUGUGUUUGUAUUUUAAUCCUUCAGACUUUUGGGAGGAUCUUUGACAAAUCUCUCCCAUCUCACACAGUUAAACGUUAUUAGAACAUGAUCAUCCAAACCAGUCAUAUUGUGUUCCAUCACUUGCAUUUUAAUGUCAGUUUAAGAUUGUUGUGUGUGCAAGAUGUGAUUACAAACAAUAAAAUCCAUGAUAUGUACA